AUUCAUUCAUUCGAGUUCAUUUCUGAUUUCAUUCACAAAAAGAAAAACCUCGGGGAAUUUCGUGUUUCGAUAAUGAUUUUUGUUAUAAAGUUACUCGUAUUAAUUAGCUAGACAACAAAUUAACAGUUUAAAAUGGUUACUAUAAUAAAGAACCAGUUGCUGAAACAUUUAUCAAGGUUUACAAAAAACCUAAAUCCGGAACAAAUAUCUCUGUCCGCUCUACGCGGUUCCGGAGAGCUCCACGACUUGACUCUUGAUGAGGACCUGCUGACGGACCUGCUCGAGCUGCCAGGAUGGGUGCGACUCACCUCGGCCCGGUGCAACCGGGCUACGUUCAGGAUACAGUGGACCAAACUGAAGACUGUUCCUAUAGUGCUGAAUCUAGACGAGGUACACAUAGCACUAGAAGUGUGCCAGGAGCCUCGGGUCGUGAACCCCACCGCCACGGGAUCUAUGCCCGCUCCGGGCAAAUACAGCUACAUACACAAGGUCAUAGACGGAAUCUCGGUGGCUGUGAAUCAAGUGCAAAUAGACUUCAAUUGUGAUGCGUUCACCAGUAGUGUUCAGAUUUCAAGAGUGACCGUGGAGUCCCGGACGCCCGAGGGCCGGAAGGGAGACCUAAGACUGACUAGGAUCAAAUCGCCCGACACUGGACAGCUGCUUAUAUUUAAGGAGCUAGAAUGGCAGAGCGCGCGCAUAGAAGCCAAGGCGCACGGCGCAGCCGCGGCCAACUUGCCGCCCCUGAGACUGCUGCUAGGCAACACGCACUGCCGGAUCGUCAUCAAAAAACGACUCUCGGACUGCGCCGUGAUCGGAUCCCGACUGGCGAUCCGACCAGAGCCUUUAGCGUGGGCGCUAACAGACGGCCAGCUGCGCGCCGCACUAGCUUGCGCCGCGGCGCUGGCUGAGCCUGUUAGAAGAGCCACAGCCGCUGCCACGCGUGCCAAGGCUCUCAGGAAGCCAAGGCUCUUAGAAAAGUAUGUAGAUGACUGCGCCGUGAUCGGCUCCCGUCUGGCGAUCCGUCCGGAGCCGUUAGCGUGGGCGCUAACGGACGGACAGCUGCGCGCCGCACUAGCUUGCGCCGCGGCGCUGGCUGAGCCGGUCAGGAGAGCCACGGCCGCUGCUACCCGCGCCAAGGCCCUCAGGAAGAUCGAAGAGCCCCGGGAGCAAAUCCAAAGCCGACCGCCGAGUGGCGACCGUGACAUACUCGCGCGAAUGUUCGCCAAACACGACGUGCGUGAGACUUCGUACCAUCUGCUCGCGCCGCGGAUCGACCUGCACUUGUGUGAUGACCCUGGCUUGGGGCGUUCAGAAAAGCCAUCGCUAGCGAACGGAGGUGCCUUACAAGUGACGCUUGUGAGCAUGCAGGCGGACCUCUUCCCCUACCACAAGGCGGCGGACGACCGGCGUCAUUGGCGCGGCUACCGGGAAGCAGCAACACCACACAGUCAGUGGUUGUCGCAAGCCCUGUCUUCGUUCUGCACGACGCUACUCGACGCGUUGGAUCCUAGACCGCUCACUCCUAGUAAUAAGGCGAGUCAAGCUGAGAAGUCAGAAGAGCCUCUGUCAAACGGGAUCAACCACAGGCCGAGCCAGACCGCCAGCCAGCAAAGCUCUACUGCUCCGUCCACUAACAUCUCCUCACAAGCAUCUCCAACAAGGACCAGGAUUCUACAACAGCUGGGGAAGCUCAUGACCACGUGCCUCGUACUUAGGAUAGACGACUUCACUGUUUAUAAGGUUUCGACCGGGUCCAAGUCCCGGGAAGCGCCGCGGCCGCUAGUGAGCGCUGAGAAAGCUACUUUACCGGGUGACGCGGGACUACUACACGCGGAGCUGACGUUCUUCUACUAUCCUGGCGAUGUCUGCUUCCCUUUGCCAGCUCCAAAGCUAUACGUCCAGCUAAGUCCAGUCCGUAUAUCCGUGGACGUAGCCAGCGUGGUCUGGCUCGGAGCCUUCCUGCCGCACGUGGCUCAGGCGUUACAACAGGCGGCAGACGAACAGGAAACCCCUGCGUAUAUGGACGUCAGGACCGAAGCCAUCAUGCCCAAGCUAAGUCCAGUCCGCAUAUCCGUGGACGUAGCCAGCGUGGUCUGGCUCGGAGCCUUCCUGCCGCACGUGGCUCAGGCGUUACAACAGGCGGCAGACGAGCAGGAAACCCCGGCGUAUAUGGACGUCAGGACCGAAGCCAUCAUGCCCAAGCCAAACGACAUCCACUUCUGGACAAAAGCUUCCCCCAAGGAUUUCCAUAACGACCUGUCCGGACUAGCAGGACGCUCCUGCGUAUAUGGACUGGAUGUGACUAAUGUAGUGUCGCUCGGAGCCUUUCUACCGCACGUGGCUCAAGCAUUACAACAGGCGGCAGACGAACAGGAAACCCCUGCGUAUAUGGACGUCAGGACCGAAGCCAUCAUGCCCAAGAUAGUGCUAGAAGCCGGCCCCGAGCAUAUCUCGCAGCAGCGCGACCGGCCCAAGGAACUACACGUCUGCACCGCGCGCGCAACGCUCACGAACGUUCGCGAAUCGCCGAGAUGGCUCAGUCAUAAGGUUGCUAUUGGCCAGCCCGAGAAUAUCUCGCAGCAGCGCGACCGGCCCAAGGAACUACACGUGUGCACCGCGCGAGCAACGCUCACAAACGUUCGCGAAUCGCCGAGAGCCAACACGGCGGGCACCCGCGCCGACUUGGCCGCCAUCUUGGCAGCGCUGCAGCGGUCGGCGCCUGCGCGCGGCCAGUUUCCCUGCUCGGCUGAUGACGUCGACCCUAUACACGAGCAGUUCAUACUUCAUGCUGACAAUCUUGACGACCUAGAACGCGGCACAGCCAUAACUCCAGAGAUGCUAUGGAAAGAGAACCGAUCGAUAUGGUGCUUGCGGGUCGAACCAUUAUGGGCGGACUUCUGCGGCGCGAGGGCUACUAACUAUAAACCGGCGCCGUUGCUAGACGCCACGCCACUGUCGGCUUGGGAGGACAGAUCAUUAUACUGCUUGCGGGUCGAGCCUCUAUGGGCGGACUUCUGCGGCGCGAGGGCUACUAACUACAAACCGGCGCCGUUGCUUGACGCCACGCCACUGUCGGCUUGGCUAUGUUUCGACGAGGGUUUCUCCAAGAUCUACUGCGUGGCUCGCACGUGCGGCCUGGCCGGGCUUCAGCUCAACCACUACCAGAUGCUAUUCCUACUGCGACAGCUGGAGCGAGUGUCAGAAAUGGCCGCCUGGUUAGCGCACGACGCGGAAAGGCAACCUCAAGCAGAGACUGGAGCAAUAGUGCUGGGUCUGGUGGUGCCAGCAGUAGAACUGACUUUGGUGCUGCCGUCAAGUUGUCCAGGCCAAGAGUCCUCCAGAGAUCUGGACAGUGUUCCGCUGGACUCCUCCAGUUUACAGGACUUGAAGAUGGGUUCGGAAGCGACAAUGGCGCCGUCUAUGCUAGACCGUGACAGUGGAGUGUUAGCCACCACAGCUUCGGUCGAGGUGUACUCAGCGCAGCCGCUGCCUGCCGAGGAGGUGCCGCCUCCCAGCCCUGGACUGAGCUUUGGAGGCUUUUCGUCUAUGCGUCGCGGGCUGACGUCACUAGUGACGUCGAUAGACAGCGCGCUGACCCGCGACGACGCUCGAAGCGACGCCGCCUCCACAGCCAGUUCUGACAGCGAGCGAUACGUCGUGGUCGGACUAGCGGCUGAGUCGCCUGAUGACGCUGACGUCGCUUUCAGAGAGUUCGAGCACGGUCGCUCGUCCAGCGGUGUAGAAGUGGCGGCUGAGGUGGUGGAACGCUCAUCCUCCCCCAGCGACCAUUCCGUCACCAGCUCCUGUAGGAGACGAGACGUGAUAUCGACCUGCACAUGGCGCCUCAACAACAUCCAUUUAGUCCACCAAAGCGUCGGCGGACGAUCUUGCCUCCGCUUUGCGGCGGAUGACCUCCGCACGGAUGAAUGCGCCGCCAUACCCUGGGAUGAGUUCCAGAACAAGUUCUCGAUGCGAGCGCGCGCGUGGUCGGAGCCCGCGCUGGGCUGCGACGAGCUCGGCGCCAGGGGCACGCCCAACGUGGCCGCGAGGAUGGCGCGCACGCAGCUGCCGAGGGCUCAGGAACAGGGUGAAACCCCGACGCUAGCGCCGUUCGAAGAGUUGUUAGAAGCCCGCGUGAGGGAACUCAGCCUGGCCCUCAAUAUGAGCACAGCCCUAGCUCUCUCAGAGUUCAUAGAGGAUGAGGUCGUGGUGCCUCCCAUGCCUUUAGAGGUUCUAAUAGAAAACGUGAAGCUCCAUCUUGUAGAAGACCGUCCUAACCGCUCGAUAUCCUCCCCCCCACCUCAGCCUUUAGACAUAGACCUCACCACCCUCCGCUUGACCAGAGACACGGCGGGCGUGGUCAGACUGGGCCCGCCCAUUUCCACGCCUUCGACUGUUGCGUCACCGGCCACGCCCCAACCACAGCCGGAGUUAGAUGAGGCCAGAGAGAAGAUAGAUAGUCUGAGCAGAGAGAAUGAGGAGCUGAGGAAAAGGUUGGCUACGCUGGCGAGGAUCGCUGAGGAUAACAGGGAGCUUAGAGCGAAAGUCGAAGAGGCAGCAGUAUUACGUCAGUGUGCGCACGCAGCUCAGCAGGAAGCGGCGAACUUGCUGGCCGAUAAGCAGCAGCUACUCGAAGCUGUAAGAGUGCUCCAGGAACAACUAUCAGGCGGUUGUCGCGGCAAAAGAUAGCGGUCGCGAGGCGGUCCCGCGCAGGGCUGCCUCGACUGCACCGCCUGCUGCGGAGACCAGCGCACUUAAACCCCC